GCGGGAGGAAACGUGCCGCGCGUGCGAUGUGCGGCGCCGCGCAGCUCGCGCUGCCCAGUUCUCGUGUGACGGAGCAGGUGCGCGUGGCGCCCCGAUGGCCCGCGGUUGACCUGCGGAGCGAUGCGCCACCGCUGGCUGCUGAUCGGAGUCUGCGGCUGGGUUCUCUUCUUCCUCAUAUUCGGCAGCAGGUUCUUCAGUCUGAGCCGCCGAGCUCUGGAUGUCUACGUGGGCAAGCCUGAGACACAGAGCUGGACACCGUCCACCACGAAGGAUGUCAAGUCCCACACAGCUCUGGAGUGGGGGAAAAGGACGCCUGCUCCAGGUAACCAGCCCUCCGGAGGACCGUCCCCAGCAGACCCCAGCGAAUGGCAAUCAGUGGUGAUGCAGCGCUUGGAGCUUCUGCGGAGCUUCUGCUCCAACUCGUCGCUCAGGAACCUCACGCACACCCCGCUCAGCAAGUUCAUCCUCGACCGUAUCUUCGUGUGCGACAAGCACAAGAUCCUCUUCUGCCAGACGCCCAAAGUGGGCAACACGCAGUGGAAGAAGGUCCUCAUUGUCCUCAAUGGGGCGUUUCCUACUGUGAAGGAGAUCCCGGAGAAUGUGGUCCAUGACCACGAGAAGAACGGCUUGCCUCGGCUUUCUUCCUUCAGCGCCAGUGAAAGAACUCACAGGCUGAGCACGUACUUUAAGUUCUUCAUCGUGCGAGACCCCUUCGAGCGGCUUAUCUCCGCCUUCAAGGACAAGUUCCUGCAGAACCCGCGCUUCGAACCCUGGUACAAGCACGACAUCGCACCCGCCAUCAUCCGCAAGUACCGUAAGGGCCGCAGCAGCGAUGGCGCCCCUGGCCUGCGCUUCGAGGACUUUGUCCGCUACCUGGGUGACCCGGCGCAUCAGCGCCUGGACCGCCAGUUUGGCGACCACAUCAUCCACUGGGUGACAUACGUGGAGCUGUGUGCACCCUGCGACAUCGACUACGACGUGGUCGGACACCACGAGACCCUGGAGCACGACGCCCCUUAUGUGCUGCGGGCAGCCGGCAUCGACCGCCUGGUGUCCUAUCCCGCCAUUCCGCCUGGCAUCACCCACUACAACCGCACCAAGGUGGAGCGCUACUUCUUGGGGAUCAGCAAGCGGGACGUGCGGCGCCUUUAUGCACGCUUCCUGGGGGACUUCAUACUCUUUGGCUAUGAGCGGCCGGGCUUCCUGCUCGACUAAUUGCUCGGCACCAUCAACUGGAGUAAGGCCUGCUCGCUCGCAGCGUCUUGGCGGGCUGCUGAAUUCGUGCGCAGCGUACCACGUCAGUGCAGCUCUCGCGUCACACCGAUAGCCUUCAUCGGUUUGGUCAUCGCUAACGUGUGGCCUUCGGGGGACGACUGCAGCUGGCCAACCAACACAGGAAGCACAAAGCGGUUCACACGUCACCUCCACCUGCUGGGUCUGCAAAAUUUCUUUUUUUUCCCCCUCCCUCCCCUUUUCACUUUAAACUACAUUUUUGUCACAGAUUAGCUGCUGGGAUGCCAUGUGAGGCACAAAGUGCUUAACCUUAUUUAACUCGGUACGGUAAAAGCGACUAUAUUAAUAAAAAUGGUAAAGAUGACUUUAACAAUAGUGUAGAGGCUCGCUGUGCUCCUGCUCUUCCUGUGACAGGAGCUGUGUGCUGUAAACAUUAACUCUGCCACAUUAGGGGUCUGUGAGGCUCCUUUCUUUUCCAGCUGGGAUCUUGCUUAUGAUCCUCUUGUUGUUGUUGUUGUUGUUGUUGUUGUUGUUGUUGUUGUUUCUUCACUGCUUAGCCAGCGAAGCCCAGGUUGUCAUUUCUGUAGUUGGACUAACUUUGGCUUCCCUCCCGGUGGCGACAUGUGAAACACUGGAGGAGCUGUGUGCGCUGGGGCCUGCAACUGGACUGCGGGGCCGGCUGCCCCGGUGUGACCACGGAGUUCUGCAGGCAUGCUGCUCCAAGCCAAGCCACUCCACACCCAGCAGAUCCUUUGCUCAGGGGGCCUGUCUGGAGAGAGAGAGUGAGGGAGGGAGGGGGGCUCGGCUAUUCUCUGUCUUAAUGCUAAAAAUGGAACUCAUGAAGGACCUUGCA